AUGAGUGUCACUCCAAGCAACAGUGUACCCAACGACCAUAAUGACGACAAGACGGCUCCUCACACUUGCGAGUACUGUCACAAGAUAAUUCUUGACCCUGGCCAUGAUGACUUAACCUACAAACCAGCAACUGAAUCUCGCAAAAUUGGAAGUGUGGACUUUGCCCAGGUUAUAAUUGGGGCAAACAAUGGCUGCCGCUUGUUCUCCCUGAUCAUGACUUUGAGUAAGCUGGGCAUGAAGAAAACAUUCGAAGGAACGAAAUACGGCCGAUUACGGACUGAGUUUGCAAAGUGUCCUUGCAAUUUUGUCCUUUACUGGUGGUUUCCCCCAGAGAAUGCACCUAUCCAAUUUGGCGCUCUAAAGAAAUGGCCAGCAAUUGUUGAAUACACCUCAGCCAUGGACGAGCACUUUCAAAUAGUUUUUGGUCAGUCGCAUCUCACAAAGGAUUAUCCCGCAUCGCAGCGGUCUCUUUACGAUCUUCGUUAUGAGAUAGAGUGUUGUGUGAGUCGUCACAAACAGUGCAAUAUCCGCAGUGUCUUGGAUUCCAUGCCAAGGAGACUUUUGAAGAUAACACCAAUAGGUGAUGAAUACCUAGUAACUCUGCAAAUGACUGAGGGUAGACAACAAGAGAAAUACGUAGCUCUCAGUUACUGCUGGGGAGGUGUCCAACGAUUUUGCCUGAAAACAAGUAAUGUAGAAGCUUUCACAGAUUCUAUAAAUUUCAGGCAGCUCCCGGCAACAAUCCAAGACGCAGUAGUUGCCACACAUCAUUUCGGACUUCAACUGCUAUGGGUUGAUGCACUCUGCAUUAUUCAGGAUGACCCGGAAGAUAAAGCCGCCGAAAUCUCUCGCAUGGGUGCAAUCUACAGCCUGGCAUAUGUGACAAUAGUCGCAUCACGAUCAAGAUCAGCGCAGGAAGGAUUUCUAUUCCCAAGAUUGAAUUCGGAUGUGGUUUGUUCGGAAAUCGAGUUUUUAGAGGUUUCUCUUAGAAGUCUGACGCCGGAAGGGAAUAUCGGUCACAUUGUUCUGACGCUUUGUCGAAGGGGACGGUCUGAUGACGAACCUCUCGAUCGACGUGGCUGGACUCUACAAGAGCUCUUGCUCUCCCCGAGAGUGGUGAGAAUCACACAAACGCAGUCGCUCUUCAUCUGUUGCGAAGAAACGACGGAUCACCAAUUAGACCAAAAAGACAUGAAUAUGGGCGAGCCGAAGCACACCAGAGAAAUCACCCGAUGCAACUACUAUUAUGAUGGACUUUUCGACAGAGGAGAUUACAGCAUCAAAUACAACCUUGGUGUUGCAGAAAAAUUAAAUCCCAUUUUGAGGCCAAAUUUGGAGAAUAUGGGCCUAGAUUGGGACAUUAUCGCGCGCGACAUUUCCCCUGUUUGCGGAUCUAUGUCCACCAUAGACCAUUGGAACAAAUUGGUAGAGGCCUUCACCAAAAGAUCACUAAGCAAUCCAAGUGAUAGGUUGCUAGCGCUUUCAGCAAUUGCUCAACAUUUCGGCAAGGUAUUUCAGGACAAUUACGUAGCUGGAAUGUGGGGUUUUAGCUUGUUGCUGCAAUUGUUAUGGACGCCUCACCUUGAGACUAACGCAGCAAACGCGCUAACUGCAAGGCCAAGUGUGUAUACUGGUCCUUCAUGGUCAUGGGCUAGCUUGACAGUAGGUGUUGAUUUCCCGAAUCUUGACCGACUACAGAAUGUUUACGCGAGCGAUCCCUAUGCCGUUCGUUUGAAGAUCUUAGAUUGCCGCACACAACUCAAAACCCAGUGUUACCCCUAUGGUGCGGUAACAUCCGGAUGUUUGAAAGUUUUCGGGCGAAGGCGACAGAUAAAGUGGUACGAAUCUUUUCAGCACACUAAAGAUGUUGACAGAAGACCGGGGCUGAGUUAUGAUAUAACGAAAUCGAAAAGUUUCAAGCAAUUUCGGAGAGGGAGAGUAGAGCUCGACUGUAUAGAAGACAAUCUUUGGGAUCCUGUAGGUUCUUACCCAUCUGUCAGUUUACUGGAGGUCCUGAAUGACGUGGCCGCGGAGCGAGCUAUUUGCGGCCUUGUAAUAAGACGCAUUGCAAACAGUGAUUGCUUUAGACGAAUCGGGGUAUUUUUUCUUUACUCACGCCUCCCAAGGCGUGAAAUUAGGGAAGAGCCUAAGAUUGAACUCCAAGAGGACUGGAAGCGGACAGAUCCGGCAAAAUAUAGAAAGAUUCGGGCGCAAAACGAAGCUAUCAGGGUCAAAUACCGAGCUUAUCUUAGAUCUAGAAUGACGUGGUUUGACAGGUGCAAGAGAGAGAUUAUCACUAUAGAAUGA